AUGAGGGCUCAUGGGGGCUCAUGGGAGCUCAUGGGGUCUCAUGGGAGCUCAUGGGGGUUCAUGGGGGCUCAGAGGGAGGAGAAACCAGGAUCAGAGGAAAAGCCUCAAGGGAAGCUGAACACUGAGCAGAACUGCCCUGAAUCAUUUAAACCAUGUGGCUCUGCCUACCACAGCCCCGCCCAUCUUUACUGGACCCAACCAGGAGGCAGGUGUUGGAUACCUGGUGGUAGUGAUGCUGUUGGAGGAGGAGCCCACAAGGUCUGGCUGUCUGGGUGGCAGGCUCUGCCUGUCGCUGUGCACUUUCUUCUGUUGGAUCUCUCUCAUCAAGCUCAGGUCUUCUGCACUCUGGACCUAGCCCUCCUCGCCUCUCUCCAGUUCUCUCUUCUCCGUGCUGCACAGGAGGGUCUCACUACAAAACCUGGCUGGCUUAGAGUUCUCCAGCAUGACGCCCCGCGUUUAGCCCCCCAAAAGCAGACGUCUGUAAUCCCAGUGCUUCUAAGCCUUUUGAUGAAAAGAAGGAAGUUUCUUUACCACUUCAAAAAUGUCCGCUGGGCUAAGGGUCGGCAUGAGACGUACCUGUGCUAUGUGGUGAAGAGAAGAGACAGCGCCACCUCCUUCUCGCUGGAUUUCGGCCACCUUCGCAACAAGUCUGGCUGCCACGUGGAAUUGUUGUUCCUACGCUACAUCUCGGACUGGGACCUGGACCCCGGCCGGUGUUACCGCGUCACCUGGUUCACCUCCUGGAGCCCCUGCUACGACUGUGCCCGGCACGUGGCUGAGUUUCUGAGAUGGAACCCCAACCUCACCCUGAGGAUUUUCACCGCACGCCUCUACUUCUGCGAGGACCGCAAGGCCGAGCCUGAGGGGCUGCGGAAACUGCACCGCGCAGGUGUCCAAAUCGGGAUCAUGACCUUCAAAGGUGAGAGUUAUGCCCAGCAGUUUAGAUCUGGCUGCCACGUGGAAUUGUUGUUCCUACGCUACAUCUCGGACUGGGACCUGGACCCCGGCCGGUGUUACCGCGUCACCUGGUUCACCUCCUGGAGCCCCUGCUACGACUGUGCCCGGCACGUGGCUGAGUUUCUGAGAUGGAACCCCAACCUCACCCUGAGGAUUUUCACCGCACGCCUCUACUUCUGCGAGGACCGCAAGGCCGAGCCUGAGGGGCUGCGGAAACUGCACCGCGCAGGUGUCCAAAUCGGGAUCAUGACCUUCAAAGACUAUUUCUACUGCUGGAAUACAUUUGUAGAAAAUCGUGAGAGAACUUUCAAAGCCUGGGAAGGGCUGCAUGAAAAUUCUGUCCGUCUAACCAGACAGCUCCGGCGCAUCCUUUUGCCCUUGUAUGAAGUUGAUGACUUGCGAGAUGCAUUUCGUAUUUUGGGACUUUGA